AUGUUUAAACAUGUUCUACGGCAACAACGUGUUCGGGGCAGCAAAAAGAAGAAAACUAAAGAAGGUAAAAUUCAAAUUUCAAAGUUGCCGAAGAUAACUAAUUUUAUUAAUGUUCAAAGUGUUCAAGAAGCAGAUAUUGCUGCAAGCUUAUCUAAUGAGCUUGGGCCAAUUGACGAGACAGAACAUUCGGAAUCCAAUGAUAAAACAUUGCUUCCUUUGCCCGAGAAUUCGGAGAUUUUAAAUCAUAAGUGUACAGAUGAGUCUGAAAAUCUCAGUACAAUUACAAAAUAUUCAACAGACUUAGCAUCCUGGAAAGAUAUCAACGAAGAUUUACGAAACUAUUGCUUGCAAAAAGAUCCAUCUUUUUUUCAUAUUAAGAAUGAUGAAUAUACAAAAUUAGCUAGAAUUUAUGACAAAAAUGAGAAACAGAAAAUAAGAUUUUUUCAUUCAUCUCUUUUUUAUCGCAAUUUGCACAACGGAGAAACAGUAGAACGAGACUGGCUUUCUUAUUCUCCAUCGACCGGUAAUAUUUAUUGUUUUAUUUGCCACUUAUUUUCAAAUGAACGAAAUCAAUUCGCGUUUUUUGGAUUUCGUGACUGGAAGCAUCCAGAGCGAAUUGUAGACCACGAAGAGAGUCGAUCUCAUAAGGCAUCUUUGAUAACGUACUCUAAAAGAAGAAAAAACUUAAAUUUGAUAAAUACACAAAUGACGCUUCAAUUAAUAAAUAAAAAAUUACUGGACACAAGUUCUUCGUAG